AUACAACUCUGUAAGUUGAAUUAUUCUACACGCUAUAUUGUUCUUUGAUAUUUCAGCGGUGUUAGCACGUGUUGGUUUUGGUUCCACGUUUAUAUUCGUGUAGUUAUUCUAUAAUUAAGUGACAUAGAAGUGAUCAAAAUAAUGGCUACAAAUGAACAAUUAAUAUCAGCACUUGUGCUAGAGUAUUUAAAGAAAAGGGACAAGAACUUGGCUAAAGUUUUUCAACAAAAAACUAAUGCGGGUACUGUAGGUAAGGGUUUCCCGAAGUUGGAGCAAAUAAUUGAGACCUAUCAACAAAGUAAUAAGAAGAAUGUGCCUGUUAUUAAACCUGUGGCAGGUAACUCAAGCGAUGAUGAUAGUUCAUCAGAUGAAGAAGAAGCGCCUACCCCACAGGGUAAGAAGCCAGCAGUUGCACUGACAAAUGGUAAAGGUAAUGCAGGUAAAGCCAAAGCACAGAAGUCUAGCUCAGAAGACAGUAGUUCAGAGGAAGAAAGUGCACCAGCUGUAAAGAAACCCGAACCUAAAGCUAAAAAAGCGGAAUCUUCCAGUGAAGAUAGCUCUGAAGAUGAGAAGCCUGCAGCCAAAACUAAUGCUAACAAACCUGUACAAAAGAAAGCUAAAGAGAGUUCUUCCAGUGAUGAUAGUUCCGAUGAUGAACCUCAAGUUAAAGCUCCAGCAAAGCCUGCUGUUUUAAGCAAGGCUGCACCGAAGAAAAAACAAGAAUCUGAUAGUGAUGAAGAUUCUGACAGCAGUGAAGAAGAAGCUAAGACUGCAAAAGCACCUGUGGUCAAACAAGUUGCUAAAAAAGAAGAAUCGGAAGACAGUUCCGAAGAUAGUGAUAGUGAUGAAGAGGAGAAGAAACCUGCGGCGAAAUCAGCACCUGCAAAGGUUGCUCCAGUGCAGAAGAAGAAGGAUGAUUCAGACAGCUCAUCUGAGGAAAGCGAAGAAGAAGGAAAACCCGCUAAGGUAGCUCCCUCUAAAACUAAGCCUGGUGCAAAAGCAGCUAGCUCCUCUGAUUCGGACAGUGAAGACGAAAAACCAAAAGCUGCCGCUGUAAAGAAACCCAUUGUAAAAGCAGCAGCUCCGGCUACAAAAGCUGAAUCGUCGAGUGAAGAAGAUAGUUCUGACGAGGAUGCUAAACCAGCUGCCAAAAAGGUUGCUAAGAAGGAAUCGAGCUCUGAUGAUAGUUCAAGUGAUGAGGAAACAGCAGCAGUUGUACCAGCGGUUAAAAAGAACGUAGUUGCUGUUAAAGCUAAGAAGGCUUCGAGCAGUUCAGAAGACAGUUCAUCAGAAGAUGAAGCACCUCCAGCUAAGAAACCAGCACUAGCCAAGGCUGUUGCUGCUCCCGCUAAAAAGAAGGACUCAAGUUCUGAAGAUUCAUCGUCCGACGAUGAACCACCAGCUAAGAAACAAGCAGUCGGUGCGGUUAAAGCGGUUGCGGUAAGCAAGAAAGCAAAAUCUUCAAGUGAAGACAGCGAUUCCGAUGAUAAUGAAGAGGAAAAGGCAAAACCUAAACCCAAGGCUUUGGCACCAGCUAAAGCAAAAAAAGAAGAAGAAAGCUCAGAUGAUGACGAUGACGACGAGGAAGAAGAGAAGCCUAAACCAAAAGUUGGUGAAAAGCGAAAAUUCGAUGCCCCCUCUGCCGGCGGAAAUCAGUCUAACAAAAAUUACAGUAAUUUCGUUAAAAGCGGAGAAGGCAAGAGUGAAGGCGAAGACUUUAAGAACAGACGUGGUGGCGGCGGCGGCUUUGGUGGUCGCGGUGGUGGUCGUGGGGGUGGCCGUGGCGGCCGAGGUGGCGGUGCCGGCGGCGACGGUGAAGGUGGCUUCCAGAAGUUUGGAGAUAGAAAAUCAUUUGGCGGUUUUGAAAAUGGUAGCGGCGGUCGCGGUGGUGGCGGACGUGGUGGUGGUGGUCGUGGCGGUCGCGGUGGUGAUCGCGGCGGCAGAGGCGGAUUUGGCGGUGGCCGGGGUGGAUUUGGCGGUGGCGAACGCGGCGGCCGAGGCGGAUUUGGAGGUGGCGGUCGCGGCGGUGGCGGCGACCGUGGCCGCGGUGGAUUUGGCGGCAGAGGACGUGGCAAUUUCGGUGGCGCGAAUAAACCCUUCAACAAAUCAUUUGACUCAUCGGGGUCACAAAAUAAAAAGAUCACAUUCGACGAUUAAGAGUUGAGAAUGCGCAAAUUUUUUUAAGCUUCACAAUGGAUAAAACAAUUUCGUUUACAUUUCACCGACAAUUUUAAAUUCUAUUUGCGCAUGUGUCUUUUUUGCAUUGACAAAAUAUUAAACAAACAAAAAAAAACUUAAUAUUAAUGCUUUACAGAAAAAUGCGCAUGGCUCGUGGGGUGACCGUGCGAAUAAAGAUUUGAAGUAUACACGUGGAAAAUCUUUCAAGCAUGAAAAAACUAAGAAGAAGCGUGGAAGCUAUCGAGGGGGUCAAAUUGACAUGGGUGUGAACUCAAUAAAAUUUGAAUAAGCAUCCUUGCUUUAUAUGAUAACAUAAAUGUUAAUUAACGUAAAACUUUAAGGUAUACAUACAUAUAAUUAUAGCUUAGUUUAGGUAUACAGAAUACAUCUGCAUUGUACAUAAUUCUACAAUAUGUAUGAAUGUAUGCUUUGGAUGUGACUAUUAAAUAUGAUAAUAAUAUUAUUAAACCACAACUGUUUCACUAAUCUAAAUGAGAAUGACUUAAAAAAUACAUAAAUAUAUAUUUAAUUACUUAACUGUAAUUGAUCAAUAAUUUCUAGGAUAGUUUUGGUACUAUGUGGUGUCAAAAUUAUUUAUUAGGAUAACUUUAAGAACCGCAAUUUUAAUCUGAAUGCAUAAAAUAAAAAUAUAUUUAUAAAUGUACAUUUGAACUCAGACAAAAAA